CUUUGAAAUAGACCCUUUGCGUGGGGUGCAGCAUCUGGAACUCAUUCUCGGUAAAAACCCGAUAUCAACAAGCGCAGAAAACAUGACGAACCACGACGUGGAUGAUACGGCGCCGCCCAAAAUGUACAUUUCUCAAGAAGAGCUCUCAAAAACCCAAAUUCCCCUUGCAUGGCGAGACUACUGCUCCCACCUCCUUCCCGAACUCAACAAGUGCCGGACAGAGAACUAUUACCUUCCCUGGAAAUGCGAGCAAGAACGUGUAGCGUGGAUGAAGUGCCAAUAUGAUGAUUAUCAGCGCCGAAUGAGGAAAUUGGAGAAACGUAGGGCAAAGGAAGAGUUGGAGAGGAAUGCUAGUGCAGUCGAGGGACUUUGAUGCUGAGAGUUGGGUAGAGAUAAUAUAUACCGCGUCAUACAAUAAGUGGUUUCUAUUGGGU